AAACAAAAUACGACUAGUAUUUAUGUUAAGGAUAAUCGUUCACAAAAAAUAGCAAUUUUUGCGCGAAUGUAAAAAUAAAACUAUUUUUCUAGCGAUUGUACGUUGUAAACCGUCAAAUCACGUCUAUCACGCGAUUUGAAAUCUUUACCGCUUCCUGCUUCUAAUAUGACCACGCCCACGCCACCAAAAGAGGAUUUAGUUUGAAACUGACGAAAACGAUGCGUACUGCAAGUGCAAAGAAAAUCUGGCUCCCUUUCUCAUCUUAUUAUGAAAAUAUACAAAAUGUCGAGAUUUAACAUAUUUUUUUUUAUAUGCAUUGCAAACAUGAACAAAAAAGAUGCAGCCUGAGCCUGUGAACCUUUAUUAUUGAUAUUUACAUUCAUAAAGACAUAAUGGUAUUGCAGUAUAUUGAGUGUAAAGCACAUUAAACGAAAGAAUACAGAAUGCAAUGAAUGCAAGCAGCUCAAGAACUUUAGCAGCAAUCUGUGAAUCAUGCACAACUAAAAUCCAAGGUGUUGCAGAAAUGCUACUUUUGUCAUGCUGUGUGCGACCUGUGCUUACAGAAACCAUAAGAUUUCUACCAUCAGAAAAGCUUCAUGACUCUAUUACUUCAACACUUAGAUCAAUUACGCAACUAUCACAAACUUUGGUCUCCAACGUUCACAUGAUUUCUGCAAAAUGGAUUGAAAUAUGUGACUCAGUUGAAGAACUGUCUUCUGUACUAAUUAAAUUUAUGGAAAUAAUUUGCCAUGCCUGUUAUCUUAUAACUGUAAACUUUGCAAAGUGUACUUUAGCAGAAACAGGAUUAAUAGAUAAAUAUUCCGUUUGUUACUCAGGGCUUGAAAUCAAACUAAGUUGUUUCAGAUUGAAACGAACACGCAUUGACGAACUUUCUCCACAAAUUAUCAUAGAUCUGUGUUCUAAUAUAUCCAAGCAUAUUGCUGUGAUAACUGACAUCUGUCGAACUGCAGGGCAAAAUGUUAAAGAUGAGGGUCUACAAGAUCAGUUUAAACUUAGUGUCAAAAGUGUAACUUGUGCUGCUGGAUGUCUCAUAGCAAGCAUCAAAUCAUACAAAUCAAAUCCCAACAUUACCCAGCAUUCCAGAGUGAUGGUUUUCUGUGAACCUGUUAUAGCAUCGUCUCAAGCACUUGUUUCAUUUGCUACAGAGAAAGACUUUAAUGGAUGCGAAGGAUCAUUAACAGAUCAAUCUAGAGAUGUUCAAAAAAGAAUUUUAGGUUCCUGUAUGAGUGAGAUAUAUCUGUCUCCAUACAGCACUGUAAAACUGGUAAUUUUCUGA